AUGCCGGCCUCUUACCACUGGAAGACCUUCGCUACGUGGGGCGAGCAGUAUGGAGAUCUCAUAAUGCUCAAACUGCUCGGGCAGCCGAUGCUCAUAGUCAACUCGCUCGCGCAUGCCACGGAACUGCUCGAGAAACGGUCUGCGCUCUACUCGGACCGCCCGCACUUCACCAUGGCGGGCGAGAUCGUCGGGUGGGACCAGAUCCUCGUCCUGCUGCGGUACGGGAGCCAGUUCCGCGAGUACCGCCGCCUGAUGGCGCGCGCACUCGGCUCACGCAAGACCGUCGAGACGUUCGCGCCGGUCAUAGAGGCGCAGAGCGCACAGCUGCUCGUCCGCCUCCUCCGUGACGCGCGCGACAUCCCCGGGCACCUUCGCGAGAUGACCGGCUCUGUGGUACUGAUGAUUGCGUAUGGGUACAAGGCCCAGGAGCACGACGACCCGCUCAUCAAAAUGGUCCAGGGUGCGACGGACCAGGCGGCCGAGGUCGUGCAGCCCGGCGCCUUCCUCGUCGACGUCUUCCCCUUCUUGCGCUAUGUUCCCUCAUGGAUGCCAGGUGCCGGCUGGAAGCGUAAGGGUGAGGCAUACCGGGCCAACAUGGACAGGACAAGCGACGUACCCCACCAGUACGCGAAGGAGCAAAUGGCGGCCGGAAACGCCCCGCCGAGCUUCACGUCGACGAUGCUCGCGAUGAGCCCGUCACCCGAAGACGAGUACCGGAUCAAGAUGUCAGCGGCGUCGAUCUACACCGGGGGCGCGGACACGACGGUGUCGGCGGAGACGAGCCUGAUCCUCGCGAUGAGCGUGUACCCGGCGGUGCAGAAGCGCGCGCAGGCAGAGCUCGACGCCGUCGUUGGGCCCGAACGCCUGCCGACGUAUGCGGACCUCGCGCAGUUGCCGUACUUCAGUGCGCUCUAUCUUGAGGUUUUGCGGUGGAACCCCGUCGUCCCUCUCGGUGUCCCGCACGCGGUGUCUUCUGAUGAUGUAUAUAACGGGUACUACAUCCCGAAGGGCAGUAUCGUCAUGAUCAACCAGUGGAAAAUGCUGCACGACCCCGCAACCUACGCCGACCCGUUCACCUUUAACCCCGACCGCUUCCUCCCCAAGGACGGCUCAGAGCCCGAGUACGAUCCCCGCAAGAUCGCGUUCGGCUUCGGCCGCAGGAUCUGCCCGGGGAUGUACCUCGCCGAGCCGUCCGUGCUCAUGGUCGCCGCGAUGCUGCUCGCGGUGUACGACAUCGCGGACCCGCGCACCGCCGCGGGCGUGCCCAUCACGCCCGAGACCGUCGAGUGCACCGGGGGGACGAUCAGCCACCCGGCGCCGUUCCGGUGCUCGUUCACGCCGCGCUCGGAGAAGGCGAGGGCGCUCAUCCUCGCGCUGCAGGACACCAAAGCCUAG